CCGGGUACUUUCGCUAGUAUACAUAUUAGAACCAGAACCAUCUUUUUUCUUAGGCUACAUGUAGAAAUAUAAAUUAUCAUAACUGUGAUUAUUAGCACUAUUAAGUAAUAAAACUAUAAGAGAAUAUGGUCUUUAGAUUAGAAACAGUUAUAUACUACAUCACCUUCUCCAGUAAUUAUUUGUUUUUUGUCUCUCUAGCAUCCUCCUCACCUGACUCCAACCUACUGAAUGUCCAAGCUAAUCUUCCUGGACGACGUCAUUCCGAUAACACAAUCCAGCCUCCAAGAAUCAUGGUAGCACCUAGUAGUCCGGACAGUUCCUUCUCCCCAAGCUCCACUGCCCCAGGUCUGCCAAUGAGACGACACUCCAGUGUUAGUCCCCACGAUACAAGAUAUCAGUUCUCUUCCCCAAAGUUGAACUUCAAUCUAGGAGCAGAUUUCUUCAGUAGCGGUCGACCAACAGCCAGACGAUAUUCUGCUGUAGCUUUAUACAACAGUGUAGGUGGCAGCACCUCCACAUCUUCCAAUCAGUCUCCUAGUUUAUUACAGCAGAUAGGUUCUGGCAUGCAACAGCUAUUUUCUGGUAAAUAAAAAAUUGGAGCGUCUUCAAACUACCCUGGGGGAGGAAGAAGAGAAGCCAAAAUACAACUAACACUGACGGAAAUGGUUCUUCGUUUUUAGCAACAGCUAUUUUCUGGUAAAUAAAGAAUUGGAGCGUCUUCAAACUACCCUGGGGGGAGGAAGAAGAGAAGCCAAAAUACGACUAACACUGACGGAAAUGGUUCGUGGACAUGUGUCGUGAAAAUAUGAAAUUUGAGUAAAAAUUCAAAGUGUAGUUUAUCUUCAAUACACGAAUGUUUCAAGAACACAUAAUAUAGAUUUUGAUGCUUUUGUUCGUAAUUAAAGCCUUGUUGUUUUUCCUAAUUAAAGUACAAACAACAACAACUGAAUGUUAGAUUAAUAACAACUUUCAAUUUCUGAUCAACUUGGAACAUAUAGUUUUUACUAGUUUAAUUCUUGACAUUAAUCUGUUUCAGUUUCUCAAUGGAAUGUUUUCAUCAUAUUUAAAGCGAAAAAACCGACCGACGUAGCAUUAUUUAUUGAGUGAAGAAAUCUGUCGUUAUUACUAGCUUUCUCUAUAGAUCUUCGAGUCACAGACCUAUGUAAUGCAUUUAGUUGAAACUAACAAUUGCGUCUAACGCAUGAAAUAACUAAGCCAAAUUUUUGUUACGCUAAAGAGCGCUAGCUCGAAACGUCAUCCUCAUGAAAUGAAAAUAAAUAACAGACUUGGUGAUUGUUUGACCUAUUCCUUAAUUCUGUCAUAGAUAUGGGCCCACUGUACUAGUACUAUUGUCAAGAUUAAGGCUCUGGUAAACGUUACUUUUAAUAUUUUUCAAGCAGUUAAGAAAAAGUGACAUUGUAAACAUUUAUACAGUGAAAUCUGGAGACACGACACUUAAA